CUCUCGCUAAGGAACCGUCACGAGGAAAUGUACCGGUGGCGCUGGGUUCGGGGAAUGGCACCUAGGACAAUCGAGAUGCAGGACCGAGCAGCUGGAAGAACAGGAACCGCUACAGCAGGGGCACAAGGAGGAGAAUACGAGAUGCAAACUGCUGCGGGUGGCGCGCAAGGAGGAGAAGACGAGAUGCAAACUGCUGCGGACGGUGCGCAAGGAGGAGCGUCGCAGAUACCAACUGCUACAGAAGAGAUAGAUGAAGAACCCAGCGGGAGGCAUGGCGAACCUGGUGAGAUGCAAAACGAAGAAUGUGUCAGAUUGCAGGCUACGCGAAUCAACAUGAGGGAGGGUGAAACCGUGACAGAUACUUCUGCGGUGCAAGAAACAGCGGGCGAACGGGAAGAAGAAGACGCAACAACAGAUCGCACGCCAGUACAAACAGAAAAUACCCAAGGAAUAGGUUGUGACGAGAAUAUGGAACAACGUGAGGGAUCUGGUGCUAACACGCGAACGACAACAAUUAGGGGCAACGACGUAAAUGACCCAUCUUUUGCUGCUUACAUCUUUUUUGGCUACCCCUUGGAAAUGGCUGAAAGAGAUGCAUCGAGCGAAAGACGGGCUCUUGCUGCGUCUCGCUAAAUCAAGAAUGUUUCUCCCCACAACGCCGGAGGUGGAAGAAACAGCUCAACAAAACACCUGUGAUAGCAUGGACGCAGAAACCCGUGCGCCAAAGAGCUCUGGCGGUAUGGACGCAGAGACGCCUCUACAUUAAGGGUAGUCGAUCAUUCUCAUCUCGCGUGGUCUAUCCUGAGUUGGGUUCGCCACGAUUUCAUGGGAAAUUCAGUGCAAAGAAAGCAACUCACUCAGCCACGGAGAAUGGCCGACCAUUUCUAACUAGAAGAUAGACCACGAGGAGAACAAAGAGCUUCAGCAAGAGUAAGCCCGUCCACAGGGAGAUCCCGUCCACAACCGAAGCCGCGUGCUCCUCCACCCAGACCAAAGGCGUCUUCAAACUUUCGCUCGUACGCGACCGGGGUGACGGCUGAGGAGGUAUACUCGACGGUUGUGUCGAUGCUGCUCUCGUAUCAGUCCUUGGACUUUGGGCUACAAGCGAGCACGACUUCGGCACAUCGUGUCGUGGGGUUUCAAACACUCGGGAAAGAAAUUGUCGAUGAAAAUCGAGAGAGAGGCAAAGCUCCGACCCACGCCGGCUCGCAGCGACUCCUUAUGCAGGCGCUGCACCGAGUUCGUCGACUACAACACCUGCUGGCCUUUCAAGCGACCGCUUGUCGUGGUCACGAUGUCGAUGGAGAGGCAAGCAGGGACCUUGCAAGUGCAGACGAGGAAAGAUUUUUCAAGGAGCAGGAGUGGUGGAAGGCUAUGGAGGAAAAGCGAGCAGGGUCGGGCUUCCUUGACAACCCGAGGUUGGUCGGAGCCGUUUGCUACGGUGUUUACAACGGAAAACGUCUCGGGACACCCAUUUCCACGAGUAAUUGCAAUUUCCACGAGGAUUCCCACCCUUCGGGAAGCAAUCAGGGUCCGAUUCUCCACGCAGAGCCACCUGCGCAGGUCGAGAUGAGCGAUGAUGUCUUAAGGCUACACAUAAUCCAUCUAGAUACUUAUUUGCUGUAGUGUAACUGUAAGUGUAAUGUUGUAAUGAAUGUUGUUCAACCUUUGACGAGGACACGAGCAUUUCAUAAAUCAUCUGGACUUGCCUCAACGUUGGCUCCGCAAAAAAAUGUCAACAUACGACAAAAAGAUGGAGAAUUAUGUGUGGUGGGCUCCAACUCUCGUCAUGGCUGUCCACGGGCAGCAAGAUGCUAGCCAAGGUGCUACCCAGGAUGCUACCAUAGCCCACGGUGGAGACCCGAGCUCUACAGCAGGCGACGUUUUUCGCGGCUCAGAGCCAUGCUCCACUCCUGACAGGUCCAGUUAAGGUCAGGCUUCAAAGUGAUAACCCACAAAAAUGAUGGGGCCAUCUUUCUUUAGUUACUCGUCCCUGAAGAAAUAAGUUGUAAAGUGACGCCUAACUACUGAAAGUUGUAGACUCAUCAAGCAUUAUUUAUGAGAGAUGAACAUGAUGGUCGUGCGAUGGAGCUAUGACUUUUUGUCGAUUUCUGCAACACGCCUACGAUAGAUGUUUCAGCUUUUCAAAGCACUCAGUAGGAGGUAUGUAACAGCCGGAAUUCCUCUAACAUGGUGCUACGGAUGAAAAGUUGUCGCGAGCACGCUUUCACGUUGUUGUGCCGUGGCUGCUAGAUCUCUACCGUCGCUACCCAGAACAUAGUAUUCGGAGGCCUUGGGGACAGGUAACUAAAUCAUACAUCAUAAGUAUCAGAAGUUCCCUUUUCUUAUAGGUGCUUUAUUGAUAUGGUCUUGUAUAAUCACUCUAGGUCUAGCAGAAUUCUCAUGCGUGAACGUGGUUUUUUUCAAGAUUAUAUACCGAAAACCAGGAAUGGAAUAUCGCUAGCAAUUAGAUAUUCUAAUACUACUUCAAUGAUACAACAACUAGUCGUUUUCGUCGAGUCAUUUGUGCGAUCCCUGCGCAACCAUCAUGCGGGAGGGGUUGAACCCAGACAUUCCAAUUUUUGCUGCUCGUAACGAGCCGCUAGUAUGGCCUGGUAGUGGGGCGCUGCUUGAUAAUGUGGGCUACAUGCCGGUGGGACUCGACACUGUGGAGGGAAUCGACAGUUCCGAUCUGACGGUGGGACUCGACAGUUCCGAGCACGAUACUUUAAGGCUGGAACAGCUCAGGCACGUUUAAUGAACAUUUAGCACAACACAGGGAAAUAUAUUCAUGCUCUAACCCUGCUUGUUGACCUAGAAGUUAUCGUUUUCGGUCUUACUUAAGUGUCAUACUGUUACCUCAAGUCGAGCAUGCUAUAUUCAUGCUAUAUGAUUACAGCAGGUUAAGGAAUAGAUGUUAUCCGUCCUUCGCGUCCGCGUGCCGCCCUAUUGUAUGCUACAUUUCUUCCGUAUAGUUGUAUUCGUCUUCACACCCGGUGGUCGAACAGUUUACGAGUCAGUACAAUCUUCUGUGCCGUAGCUGUAGAGGUACAGAUGUCUACAGGACUUCUCGACAUCGACUGUCUACUUAUGUAGUACAUGCAGGAUGCGAUAGUAAGCAUUUUGAUAGGUGUACAUCUCUAGCAUGUUCAAGCACUGAGUUCUCUGCUUCGCAGCUUACUUCGUACUGAUAUGCUCCAACGAGGUCACUGAUCUAGAGCACUUGAGUGUAAUAUUGCUUCUCAGGGCUCUACGUAGGCGACUAUGUAAAGUUGCAACCGGAGCCAUAAGAUGACAUGAUACGAUCUGAAGACAGAGCGUUUCAAUUUGACUUAGUUCGUUUACAUAGCGAAUCCAGUUCGACAGAUCUAAGUAGUGAGGUUUCUGCGACGCGAAUUGAGGACCUUCCUGGAGUUGUGGAUCUUCCUGGAUUUCCGAAUGUCGACUUUUCCAGUGAUCGUGCGGAGUCGCGUUGGAGGCCACUACUCGAGGAUCGAAGCUACGAUGGAAGCUACGAACGCAAUUCAGAAGCCGAUCGAUCGCAGAGCAGGAGACCGGAGGUGGAGCUCUCAGACGCGGAAUUUCACAGGUUGCGACCAGUUCUGAUAGCGGUGCUAAACGAAGUAGAAAGCUUUCUGCUGUUUCGCUUGUUUUUAAGCACGGGACUUAGAUGUCCGUAGAAUGUACUGCCUCACUGAGUGGCCUCGUAUAUAGAUACGAAAGGGUAUGAAAGAGGUCCCUUGACACGAUAUACCCCUACAUCAUGUCAUCGUCGUUGGCUAAAUUUUUCCAUUCAUCACGAUCAUUUGGCAACCUACUAAGGGAGUAGUAGAUUCUCGUAGUAAACCAGAGUAACUAACAAGGGAGUAGUAAACCAUGCAUGGUAAACAUCAAUAGUACAUUAUAACAUUGUUCGUGGAUCAAGUUAUAACUUGAAAGAGAAGAAGUCUACAAGGACAUCUAUCACUCCUAAGGGAGAUGCCAAGGCGGUAGCUCUAAUGUUUGGACAGAGUACGAUCGGCGGUAAGCGAAUUUGGGGCGACGAUUGUUGCUGCUGUGGUCGAGUCGGUUGUCAUGCGGUACUUUUUCCCCUUUUUUUGAUUUGCGCUUGGUACCAUCAACUAAAACAAAGGGACCUACAAGAAUAACAACGCCUCGUCUAGGUGCUGGUAUGCUAACCAGUGUUAGAUUUCAUGGAAUGGAAUGAAAACCUCUUGGCCGCGAUUUUUGUGAAAGCCUUGUUUUCUUCGUUCCAAUGUUUAUGUCCAGCGUAGGUAAACUGUUUCUUUCUGAAGAAGAUUUUUGACAUGGGAUGAUUGAAAUGUUAAGUAGAAGCUCACUAGUCGCACGCACAUGACAACACAUGCACAUCUUUCAGGGACUAGGAUCUGACGCACCUCCGUGUGAAGUGGUGAACACUCUUUGCUGUCUCGCUGUCUCUCGACCGACGCUAAGUUUUAAGACGGUAAAUGGAUACAUUCUCACUCCUUAGUUAUCGUGUGUUGACGUGCUUUAUAUUAGAGGUGUAUACUGACCUGUAAUUUCCAUCGUUGUGAUGAUGAUGGUGGAUGUGGGAUUUUUUUUUCUAAUCAGCUCGGGGGCUGUCCGUGGGAUUGGAUUUUCACCGGCCAGAGUGCUUCCUGCCAACCAGCAUAUUAAGGCAAGCAAGCGAGCAUCCUCAGCGUCAUCCUUGGCGAUUUUCGUCGUUGAAUCUGUUGCGCCUAGUUUGCAGUGCAGGAGAACUGUCUGAGACGCCAGCAGGAUGAUGGCCAAGGAUGUCGUCAGGGUUGCAAGCGCGAUUGUAGCUCUAAGUAUAUUACCUUUAUGGGGCCUGCAUUGGCGGGUCGUUUCACGGCUGCCACACCUACGCCAUUCAGGACCGUCUGUGGCCGCGCUUAGUGGUUGCGAUGCGGCACAGGGAAAUGCUCGCAUCAAGAAUUUUCACGGCUUCUUAGACAGCCUAUCGAUGCCGAAAAGAAGAAGGUCGGAGGAGAGAUGAAGAAGAUUAUCUUCUUCUGGCGUGGGGUACUAUCGCAUCGACUGGCUCUACGAAUAAGAAGUGAUGUCGGCUAGUAUUGAAGACUUAUUAAAUAAUGUGGUUAUACAAGAGCCGCCCGGUUUCACGACACGACGGUCGCAUGUGUGCCUGUGUUUUCUCGUCCUGAUGUAAGCAUUCUUCUCAGUGGUCGUCGGACUUGGGAGCGUGCUGCACAACUCGAUCGAAAUAGUGUGUAGUUGUCAAGAAGAAAUGACUAUCUACCUUGAUUAAGGAAUUCUUGCACGUGCGCGUGGGAGCGAAUCCCUCUACUACAUUUUUGUGUCUGGCUGCUUGAAGCGGGAAGCAGCUGCCCUUGUCCCUCAUCGUAUAAUAUUUAUACUACACAUUUUUGUAUGAAGAUUCAGGACUCCUGCGCGUUCUAGUUGUUUCACGGCGGGGUACUUAUGCAUAAUUUGAUCUUAUAUUACAGCCUUUGGGAAGCUGUUGAUACACGAACCUUUUUUGUGUAUCUAAAAUAUACUAGAUCAUCAUAGUACUCAGUUGGCGCGUGCUGGAAGAUGCUUCUUGAUCGAAGCGGAUUAUAUAGAUGAAUUUAUCUAGUCCAUUUGAAAGACAUCCAAAUUUCUCGCAGCUGAGAUUCUCUGCUGGUGUUUGAUUGAAGGAAAAAAUGUUUUAACGAGAAGCAAGGCCAACCUGUGAAACGAGACGAAGACAAGUAUGUGGUUAUGCUGGGCUUUAGUUUCUACCCUCUCAUAACUACGUCAUCAUAGGUGGUAGAGGAGGCAUUGAUAAAAAUAUGAGUACUUAAUCGCCUGUCAUGCGUCGUUUCUUGUAAAAUCUAAAUGUACAACAACACUACUACAUUAUUAGAGAAAAAGGUUUUAGAUUCUCCUACUGUCAGUAUCUACGUGGUGCAGGUUGGAGCUGGUAUCAAAAAUGCAACAACACACAUAAAGACUUAGCUGCAAAGUAGACGGAUGAGGUGAUAGAAUUUCACUUCUUUCAUUCUUGCCAUGAUUUACUGGUAACACAAGUAGAUCAAGGACUAUGAUUCGUAUUUGCGCUGGAUUGCGCGACGCGGCUGCGGAGGGCACCCACUGAUGCAGGUGGGACCGUCCGGCUUCUUUGGUGAUC